AAAAGUUCAUAGGGCCAAAAAUGCCCAUAUGUUUUGGAAAAGCGGAGCAGGUGUAAAUGAAGUGUUAUUGUUUGGGGGAACAGUUAAGCUGCAGCAUUUGUGUCUAUUAAAAGCACUCCUACUGCUGCUCUGUUCCUUACUGCUUUAUAUGUCAGGAUGAUGUCAAGUAGCAGAACACAAAAUGUCAUAUCCAUCUACCCAUUUAAAGUGCCUAAUACAAAAUAUUGACAUGCGUUUGAUGGUGCUGUGAACAGACAGAAAAGGUAUGACAAUAUGAAAUGGGGAGGGGAUUUGUGUCCUGUGAAGUUUAGUGGACCCACUGGAGUCACACCAUUCUUUCCUUUUUUAGAAAUGUGAGUAAUAUUGGGGAGGUGCAGCAAAUUUAGGGAGAUAUAGCUGAGUAUAUAACAUAUAGGGCUCCGAUUCGUACCAAUCAACAGCAGUCAAACAUUUGAAUAAGGUUUCAUUUUUGUCCAUUCACUUGUUGUGAUUACACCACAAUGGCUUCACAAAAGCCAAUGUCCAAAAAAGAAGGAAAGUCAGCCCCAGCUCCAAAAGAAGAACCAGCUUCUGGAGCAGCAGAACCAGCAUCAGUAGCCGAUCCUAAACCAGCAACACCAGCACUGCAAACGGCUGCUUCUGCCUCAACUACAACACCAGAGUCAGCUACAAAAGCUCCUGAAAAAGCCACCCCUGCACCUGGACCAGCCCCAGUGGCAGCAGCCCCAGAACCAGCUAAAGCACCAGCUUCUCCUCCAAAUCCAGCUUUCAAAUAUGAUCCUGUCGCUGCAGGUAAUCUCAGUGCUGAACAGCUUGAAGAGUUCAAAGAAGCUUUCCUGUUGUUCGCCGGAACUCCCUCAGGGGAGAUGAAGAUUUCACUAGCUCAGUGUGGAGAUGUGAUGAGAGCUUUGGGUCAGAACCCAACCAAUGCUGAAGUUUUAAAUGUUCUUGGAAAACCAAAGCCUGAAGAGAUGCAAUCCAAACUGGUCGACUUUGAGACAUUCCUGCCUAUGUUUCAACAAGUUUCAAAGUCUACUGCAAUGGGCACAUUUGAAGAUUUUGUGGAAGGCCUAAGGGUCUUUGACAAAGAAGGCAAUGGAACAGUCAUGGGGGCUGAACUCCGCCAUGUGCUUGCUACUUUGGGUGAGAGACUGUGUGAGGGUGAAGUGGAUCAGUUGCUGGCAGGGCAGGAGGACACAAAUGGUUGUAUUAACUAUGAAGCUUUUAUAAAACAUGUCAUGGCUGGCUGAGUGAUCUCUUCUGGUACAGUAGCAGCCUCACAUGCAUAUCAGCAGUGCUUAACUGAAGGUUGUGUGUGAGAGUUCAUCAAUGAAUCAUAAACAAUGAAACUUUUUUUUUUUAAAUAUUAUAUAACAUUAAAAUCACUCUUCUUCAGCCUCCACUUUGAAGCUGUUUUAUAUUAAGCAAAUUAUAAGUGCAACAAGACGUCAAAAUGCAGUAGUCUGCUAAAAAAAUUUAGUCUGUCCCAAGAGAGAGUCAACACAGCUGUCACCAGAUAAAACUUUGGCUUGGAUUGGCACUGAGUGCACUGAGUUUGCUCUAAUCCCCCAUUGUCAAAAACUUUUCCCAGGCACAUAUGAUAAACCCAUUUGUCAUUGGACUUCUCUCAAAGGACUUUACUAGGAAAAACCUUUUUCUGUAGCCAAGUGUUACAUGAUUUGAAAAGGUGCAACACUGAGGUGUUAAUUUUCAUAUCACACUGAACAAAUGGGUCAAGUGCCCAGUCAAGUAAUAAUUGGAGAGAUGUGUCAAGUACAAUGUUAUUUGUGUGCAUGUUGUGGGGAAAUAUGAUACAAAAUAUCAAGUUAAUUUAUUACACAAGAGCAUUAAAUCGGCAAAACCAUAAAAAGACAUUACGAUUUAGGCAAGACCAGGACAGCUUUUUGUAUAUGACUGGGCUGUAACAAUAAAACUAUUGAAAAUCUAUAUGAAAGCAGUUAACUCCCCAAAAUUCUGACAUAAUAUGGGGUAUGUUGUCACAAUGGGAACCUGACUGUUUUAAAUGAACAUAAAAACAAUCAACAAUCACCGCAAAUUUGUAAAAGAUGAAACGUCAAACUAUGGUUUUAUUCAACAAAGAUUUUAAAAACAUAAACAUAAAACAAAAAAUAACUGUGGUGAAAAGCUGAAAAUGAAAUUCAUGGAAGAUGAAGUUUUCCAUCAGUACAGCCAGGAGAGCUCUCAGCAGAGUUCAACAUACACACACAAUAUUUAUAUGUUUACUCAUAUAAA